AUGCGCCUCACUCCAUCUCUAUUAGCAUUAUCUCUAAUUUCCACAUGUGCUGCUCAGAAAAAGGUUGUAUUAACCAACGAUGAUGGUUGGGCGACAGCCCAGAUCCGAGCAGAAUAUGCUGCACUUCAAGCCGCUGGCUUCAACGUCAUUCUAUCUGCCCCUGCAAUCAACAAGUCUGGGACCGGUUCGUCUACUACUACCCCAACAACGCUAACUACCGCCUGUGAAUUUAAUACUUGCCCUUCUGGUUCUCCUGCGACGGGAGCAAAUUCAACCGAUCCUCGAAUUAACUAUGUUAACGCAUUUCCAGUGGAUGCUGUUCGCUUUGGAAUCCAGACUCUUGCUCCAAAAUUCUUUGGAUCAAAGCCUGACUUUGUUAUCAGUGGGUCCAACAUCGGAACCAACCUGGGAAGCAUCGGUGGCUCUGGCACAGUAGGCGCUGCAUCUGAGGCUGCGUUGGAGGGAAUUCCCUCAAUUGCAUUCUCUGGAAGUUCAGGAUCUCAAGUUUCGUAUACCACACUGUCCGAUACGACAACCACAUCGACCAUGGCCGCCAACAUCUACACCAGCCUCAUCCUCAAACUUACCAAUCAAUUGUUAAACAACACCAGUCCCAUUCUCCCAGCGGGAAUCAGCCUCAAUGUCAACUUUGCGUCCAUUUCUAGUUGCCCAUCUGCCUCUAGUUUCAAAUUUGUCCUCACAAGACUGGAGUCCAGUUCUGCCACAGACGUCACUACCUGCGGGACCAAUAAAUUAACACCAGAAUCGACGGCUAUUAAGGAAGGAUGUAUUGCGACAGUUAGCGUUUUCAACGCGUCGACGAAGGCCGAUGUCAAUUCUGCUACCCAAGGCGUCGUUUUGAACAAACUUCAACCAAUACUCGGCUGCCUUUAA